ACCAAUUUAUUACUAUGUCAUGAUGCCCUUUGGCUUAAAGAACGCAUGUGCCACUUACCAGAACACUUACCAGAAGCUGGUGACCAUUGUGUUUCGAGCUCAGAUCGACAGGAAUCUGGAAGUCUACGUCGAUGACAUUGUGGUGAAGAGCCUAAAAACAGAAGAUCAUCUAACUGACCUCAAGGAAACAUUCAACAACCUCAGACAGAACAGAAUGCAGUUAAACCUAGCAAAGUGCAUCUUCGGUGUGGAAUCUAGGAAAUUUCUAGGCUUCAUGGUUUCCAGGAGAGGGAUUGAGGUUAACCCAAAAAAGAUCAAAGCAAUAGCCGAGAUGGAACCGCCAAAGUUGGUGAAAGACAUACAGAGAUUAAUUGGGAGGGUGGCAGCUUUUCAUAGAUUCAUAUCGAAGUCAGCAAAUAAGUGCCUGCCAUUUUUCAAGAUCAUGAGAUCAGCAGCCCAGAAAGAUGAAUUUGGCAAACAAAAGAAGUUUGAAUGGAACUCAGAAUGCCAAGCUGCAUUUGAUGAGCAAAAGUCUUAUCUUACCUCACCUCCUUUGCUAAGAAAGGCUAUAGACGGAGAAAUCCUUUAUUUGUACCUCGGUAUCUUAGAUGAAGCAAUCAAUUCUGUGCUAGUGAGAGAAAAAGGCAAACAACAAAAACCAGUUUAUUAUACCAGUAGUGUACUAUGUGGAGCAGAGCUGAGAUACCCUAUUGCUGAGAAGGCAGCGUUAGCAGUUAUCCUUCAGAAGCCAGAAUGCUUAGGAAGGUUGAUUAAAUGGGCCAUGGAGCUAGGGGAAUUCGAGAUCCUAUAUGUUGAUGGAGCAUCAAGCAGCAAAGGCUUAGGAGCUAGUGCUUUCCUAGUUGGCCCAGAUGAAUAUCGAAGUGAGCAUGCUUUGAAAUUUAAUUUCGACGCAACUAACAACAUGGCUGAAUAUGAAGCUCUGCUACUCGGCUUGCAGCUAGCAUUAGAACUGAAAGUCACGGCAAUACAAGUAUACAGUGACUCACAGCUCAUGGUUAAUCAAAUCAACUCAAUUGCGAGAUCAGUUUUUGUUGAAGUUUUGGAUGAGCCGAGCUUCAUUAAGCCAAAAAUGAUGGAGAUCAGCACUAACUCGAAUACACUGAGCUGGACAACUCCAAUCAUCUCUUUCUUACAAGAUGGGUGCUUGAAAUGCCAAUUCUUCGCACACUUAACUCAUCAACCAGUAGAAAAACUCACCAAAUUGGUGGUGCUGUGGCCAUUUGCCCAGUGGGGACUUGAUCUUUUAGGCCCAUUCAUGAAAGGGAUUGGAGGUGUAACCCAUCUGAUUGUUAGUGUUGAUUAUUUUACGAAUUGGGUUGAAGCUCGGCCAUUGUCUAGCCUUAUCUCCAGAAAGGUCAAAGACUUUGUUUUCAGCUCAAUUAUCUGCCGAUAUGGGAUCUCGAAUCAGAUUGUGGCUGACAAUGGCACUCAGUUUAACUGCUCUUCCUUAAGAGAUUUCUGCUCCAAUUAUGGGGUCAAAUUACAGUUUACCUUGGUAUACCAUCUAGAGUCCAAUGGUAUGGUGGAAUCUGUCAACAAAGCUAUCUUAGAGGGAAUAAAACCGAGGUUGGAGCAGUAUAAGGCCAGAGAGGUCAUCAAUUCAUGGCUAAUUAAGCUUGGGUGGCCCAAUAAAGAAGCAUGUGUUGGCUGGAGAGUGCAGGAGGCGAGUGCCGUAACAGCUAACAUUGCCCAAAAAAUAGCUAGUACUGCCCAAAAACCAACACCAAUCACGUGUCAACAUACUACCCACUAAAAAGAGUACCCCUCCAUUGUUUCACACUUUCACCUUCUUCGCCUUAUCAUCUUCUUUCUUUUCUACCAUUUUUCUACAUUCAAGCUCGCUUCCUGAUCCUUAUCUACUCCUUUUUCUGGCAACAAAUUUUAUCCUUCUUUGCUUGAGCAGUGAGCAGCAGCAACCAAAUCCUACUAUUUAAGGCUGGCUCCACAUGAUUGGGGUCACCAAAUAGAUUUCCAUCCCGCCAGUGCGUGAGAUGUGAGCAGUGGCAGUGAACAGCGGCACGUCGACACCGUAGCAG